ACGAACUAUGCAUUAUCCAAACCAAACUCAGAUCAAUCCCUCUGCUUCUCUUUUCUAUCUGUCGCCUAAACACGCAGACGCCAAGCGCAAGGGCAAAAUCGUCUUUUCGAUCCCUUAUGAACAAAACAGGUGUGAACAGUUCGAUCCCCUUGAACAGUUCGAUCCCCGAGCUCUAGUAUAUGUAGGGGGAGGAAAAGAAAAGAAGGCUGCAGCGUGAGAAAAUGGAGGUGGUGGAAGACACGCUUUACCUGCAAUUGCAUAAGUUAUCAGCCAUAAAAUCGGAGGAGGAAGCAGUGCACCAAUUGCUUUCCACUCUCUGGAAAACAAGGAAAACCGGUCUCCGCGACAAGUCCCACUUGCAGUCUCUCCUCAAUCUACAAUCACUCUCCGACCUCGACCCUGUUUUGGCAUGCCUUCGUUCGCUCAUCAGAAAAUGGGUACAUGAAAACUUGACUGCCGACGACCUUCUGAAGCUCUUUCCACCCGAUUUGCCCCUCGAUUUGCAGAGCAUUCUGGUGUUGUCCCUUCAAAAGUUUGAGUCUCAAUGGAAGGACGAAAUAGCCAGAGAGCAGCCCAGAACCAGAACCAGAACCAGUGGAUGUUAUCAGGUUAAGACAACCUCUUUGGGUAUGUCACACUCAUUACAUAAUGAUCAUGUUGCUCAAUUAAGCCGACAUGAGUUUGCGUCAGAGUUCACUCCCAUGUCUCCUUGCAACUUGGGAACUCUACCUCGCCUAAAGUCAAUGACUUGGACCAUGGAGAACUGUAACUCCGGAUCAGCUAACAAAGUGGCCGUCAUUAAUCUCAAGCUGCAAGAUUAUACCAAAUCUAGUGUAGAUGAAAUCGAGGUGAAGUUCCAACUGACUAGGGACACUCUUGAAGCAAUGUUGAGGUCAUUGACCUACAUCAGAGAACAACUCUCAAGCGUGGUUGGGGCUGCUUCUGGGCCGUCACAGAAGAAGCAAAAGCAGUCAGAUCAUGUGGUUUGAUACAAUUUAGUGCAGAUACAGCUAACUUGUCUAACAAAUCGACAUGUCCUUGUUUCACUAAUACUCUUUUUUUCUUUGUAUUUUUAAAUUUCGGUUAACCCCUACUAUUUUUAGAUGUUAAAGUUGUUGCUUUUGUUACCAGAAAAUGCAAAACUCUUAUUGUAUCUAGUUUGCAAUGUCAAUGUUCUACAUUAAAUGCUAAAUGAAAUGAUUAGAAUCAUUUGAAUGAUGACCUUCA